AUGCGAUCGUAUUUAAUAUCAAUCCUCGCGGGAUUGCCGAUUCUAGCGAGGUCAACAUUGGCACUUGCUAGCCGAGACGAAGUCCCUGAUUUCAAGGCUAUCUUCAGUCCAGUGUUGUCUUCUGGUGCCCAUCUCUACCUCCCGGGUGACCCGGAAUACUUCAAGGUCAAUGAAAGAUGGUCCAACCUUGAAGACCCUCAGUAUGUUGCUGCUAUCCAACCAGCAACCGAGCUCGAUGUGAAAAACAUUGUUUCAGCGGCCACGAAGCAUAAUAUCUCCUUUCUCGCCACCGGGUCAGGUCACAGUGUCAAACCAGGCUAUGCUUCUGUUAAAAGAGCUGUGAAUAUCGACCUCAGCCUACUGAAAAACAUCGCUUUGGGUUAUGACACCAACACCGUGACUAUUGGACCGGGAGUAAAGAACAGCCAGGUGUACGAUGUUGUGUAUGAUGUGAAAAAGGAACUCCCUCUUAGCACGGAUCGCUGCAUUAGCACGAUUGGCACGAUGAUUGGAGGUGGCUUGGGAACUCUUUACAGCGCUCGUGGUCUUUUGGCAGACUCUCUGAUCUCAGCCAACGUUGUCACUGCCGCAGGAGACUUGGUCACCGCCUCAUCGACCGAAAAUCCGGAUCUCUUCUGGGCCAUCCGCGGAGCCGGUCACAACUUUGGCAUCGUCACCUCGGCCACGUUCAAAAUCUACGACCAGACCAAUGGUGGCAACAGUCUAGUUGGUGACUUUGUGAUCCCCAGCUCCCAGAAUGCCUCGGUGUUUGAGAUAUUGAAGUCAGUGGAUGAGAACCUCGAGCCCAACGUCUUUUGGGGAAUUCUUGUCGGUUUCAACCACACGACCAAGGAUGCUGACAUUCAUCUCCGUUUAAUUGUCCAAGGUGGCGACGAAGAUGCUGCUCCUCAUCUCGCCAAAGCAAAAGCCCUCAACCCAACAGUCACCUCCUGGGAGAACACCACGUGGAACGCCUUUGGCGAACCAACAGAGAUCAUGUGCAAUACAGGCUGGAAUUCCAACAUGUACCAGAUGGGUUUAAAGAAAACUGACGUGGACACGUUGGUUUCGUUCUUCGACGAUUGGAGCACCUUCUCUGCCGAGAACGACUGGUACAAUGGGCUGAUCAUGAUGGAAAGACACUCUGAAAAGAAGGUCAUGUCGGUUCCAAAGGAGGAGCAAGGCGUCUUCCCAUGGCGAGAUACCAAAAUCCAGAUGAUCCUCGUCAACUACAUGACCGACCAGAAAUAUGCUGGUAAGCUCAACAACUUUAUGCAACCGGUUCGCGCAGAAAUCCAGAGCGCGAUGGGAUUCGAAAACCACCACAGCUAUGUCAAUGAGGCAUACGGCGAUGAAGGUCCGAAAGUGUGGUACGGAGAGCACAACUUGCCCAGGCUGGUGGCGGCGAAGCAGAAGUGGGAUCCGACUGAUCAAUUUGGACCUGGAAUGCCUGUGCCACUGAGUCUCUAG